AUGGCUGGAGGAAGAGACGGAGGGAGGGAGGAGGGGAGGGAAAGGGGGCACGGAGGGAGGGAAGGAGGGAGGUGGGCUGGCCCCGCCGGCGCCAUGUGAUGCCCUCCCCUCCUCUCCCCGGGCUCUCCCGGCACGGCACGGCGCGGAGCAGCCCCGGGGCCGGGUCGGAGCUGUGAGACCUGCCUGCCAUCUGCCUGUCCACUCGUCCCAGCCUUGUGCCGCCCUCAUGUGAGUCAGUCUGGGGCAGAGAGCCUCUCCUGUGGCCCCGGACCUUCACCGAAACCACCUCGUGCCCAUCUGCUCGCGGGCACCCCGCAGCCCAGGCACCAGCCGGGGCCCCCUCCUCACUGUGAGCUCCCUUCCUGCUCUGUCAGCACCUGAGCUGCCGAGCUCGGAAGCAAACACCGCUGAUUUUCCUCUCGUGACAACAUUGCUUCGGCUGGCAUUUAGAGAGCUCCACCUACAUCAAGUGCAGAGGACAAAGCUUUUGAGACUUCUGUUUCUCCCACGGAAGCGGCCGACGCCAGCGACCCGAGCCCCUCUCCCCGUGGCGUUCCCCCCUCCAUGCUUUUGGGGAUGAGUGCGUGCGGCAGGAAGGCGCUGACCCUGCUCAGCAGCGUGUUCGCCGUCUGCGGCCUCGGCCUCCUGGGCAUCUCCGUCAGCACCGACUACUGGCUCUACCUGGAGGAGGGCAUUGUCCAGCCCCAGAACCAGACGGCCGAAAUCAAGCUGUCGCUGCAUGCGGGGCUCUGGAGGGUCUGCUUCCUUGCAGGUGAGGAGCGUGGCCGGUGCUUCACUAUAGAAUACGUCAUGCCCAUGAACAUCCAGCUGACAUCUGAAUCCACAGUCAAUGUCCUGAAGAUGAUCCGCUCUGCCACCCCCUUCCCUCUGGUCAGCCUCUUCUUCAUGUUCAUCGGCUUCAUCCUGAGCAACAUCGGCCACGUCCGCCCACACAGGACCAUCCUUGCCUUUGUGUCGGGGAUAUUCUUCAUCCUGUCGGGUCUGUCCCUGGUGGUGGGGCUGGUCCUCUACAUAUCCAGCAUUAACGACGAGAUGCUCAACAGGACCAAGGACUCGGAAACAUUCUUCAAUUACAAAUACGGCUGGUCGUUCGCAUUCUCUGCCAUCUCCUUCCUUCUCACGGAGAGCGCCGGGGUGAUGUCUGUGUACCUGUUCAUGAAGCGAUACACCGCCGAGGACAUUUACCGGCCUCACCCUGGCUUCUACCGGCCCCGUCUGAGCAACUGCUCCGACUACUCGGGGCAGUUCUUGCACCCAGAUGCAUGGGCACGGGGACGCAGCCCGUCGGACAUCUCCAGCGAGGCAUCUCUGCAGAUGAACAGCAGCUACCCAGCUCUGCUCAAGUGUCCCGACUAUGACCAGAUGUCCUCGUCCCCGUGCUGAGCGUCACCUCCCCUGUGCCUCCCCAGGCCCACCAGCCGAUGGUCACUGUCCUGACUCCACUCGUCAUUUUUAGGCCUCUCUUUCAGGGCAAUUCUCUAUUUAUAGGAGCGUAAAUAUAACCAUAGAGAUUGGUUAUAUAACCAACAAUGUAACCUAGGGAAUUGGGAUAUUUUAUUUUCUUUGUUGGUCUCUUUUUUUUUAUUAUUUAUUCUUCCCUACAUAACUGAAAUGUCUCCGAAGCCCUCUUCUUCCAGCUCUUCCCGCUGAGCAAACAGCAGUUCUGCCUGAGGGACAAAUCCAAGGCUGGACUCCAGAGCAGAAAAAAAGAAUAUGAAGUAGAACUAGGAAAAAAAAACAAGUGUAUCUUUUUGGUUUAGGUAGGCUGCAAAAGUUUGUGCAUUUGGCUAUCAUUUAAUUGUAGAUUCACUGGCCUGAGCACCAGCAGGCCUAAAAGAUUUGUGUAAAUUUCUAAGGCAUAGUCAUCAUUAGAAAAAUAAGAAUUUUGUCUUGAUUCAAUGUUUACUGGUCGAUACCUCUCGUUGGAUAUCACUUUUAACCAGGCUGCAAUGGGAAAUAGCCAUCUUUCUCGACUAUACCUCAGCAGGCUCAGAUGCAAGCAGGUUGGGUUUUCUCGGUGGCCAUUUGCAAAGUGUCACUUUCCCAUCCCAUGUGGAACUGGAGACACUACAGCCACAGGUGCCCGUGCUGCUGGGGUGGCUCAGGCACCCACGUCUCCUCCACCAUCCCAUUGACGAGGUCUGAAGAGUGACUGGGAGGAUUUCAGUGCAGGGUUGAGUGGAAAACUACCUAGAACCUUCUCAUAGGAAAUGUUAGGCACAGGAUUUAAGAAAAUCACAGCCAUCCGAGCAAGGCCCUGCAAGUUAUUUCAGUGAAAGGCAAGACUCCAAACUGGUGUGAAGUGACACAGCUGAAAUUAAUGGCACUAGUCCACAAUAGCAAAGUAGUUGGUCUAUGUUUUAUUUUUUGCAGAAAAAAAUGGAUUUUUAGCUGCUUUUUUGUGUGUGUGUGCGUGCAUAUGAAAUUUAUUUUGAGGUUUAAGUUUUAAGCUGUCAUAUGAUGCACUUUGGUCCUAGAAGACUGAGCGCUGCCAGGCUGAGAGCAUCCAUCGGACAGGGCAGGGGACAACGGCGUGGCGUUCCCUCACAUGCUCUUGUGCCAGCUUCAAGCUCGUUGCCUCGCAGAAGGAGCUUCCUCCAACCUUGAGUUCUGGUCUUGUUACUUUGAGUCUUUCUGAACAUUUCCGUUGUGCAAAACAAAACCCUCUGGGGAUUCUUGGUAUAUUUGAGCUGGUUUUGUCGUACUGUAAUUAAAACAAAUAGAAUAUA